AUGGAACUCGACAAUCUCAAGGAAGAUGUCCUCAUGGGGGACACGAACGAGGUCACGGUACCGGCAGCGAUCGUAGCCUCGGCCCCGGUGCUCGAUAUUGGCUUCCAUCCAAGGCUGCCAAUCAUGGCGACUGGCCUCGUCACCGGUGAGGUGGAAAUCUACAAGCGUAAAAGCGUCGAUGAAAUGGUGAAGAUACCCUUGCAAAACGAUUUCUCAUCAUGGAUCUUCUCCGGGCAGUACCGCGAGGACGAAGUGGUGAUGAACUACCACCACCAAAAUAUGCUGAUGCACCCCUCCGGCAGCGUCUCGUCGAUGGAGUUCACCGACGAUGGCAACUACCUCGUUAGCGCCAGUGGUGACCGCACGAUAUCAGUGAUGGAUUGUGUCUCACUCCGCCUUGUCAUCCACAUUCCGUCUGAGGAGGUGCGGGUCCGCACGGCGGGCAAGAAGAAGCUGAACUCCAUGAGCAAAAAGAACGAUCCGAGUGCGAAGAGCGGAAAGGCGACAGGGAAGAAAGCAGCGGCCACGGGGCGCAGUAGCAGUAUUGGCUCAAUGGUGCCGGUGAAUCCGCACAAAUACGGCAUCUCCUCUCUCAACGUCUGCGACGAAAAUCUGAUAGCAACAGGAGACGACGACGGGCUUAUUGCGGUGUGGGACAUGCGCGAGCGAAGGCCUGUCCAUGUGUACCACGAGCACGGCGACUACGUGUCGCAGCUGUGCUACUUCACAGACGCCCAAGAACUCGUUUCCAGCAGCGGCGACACCUGUCUCGGUGCCUACGACAUGCGCGCCGGGAAAGUUCGUGACUUUAGUGUGCGCCGAAAAGACGAGCUAAACUGCUUUGCCUUCAUCAACAGCAGUGGCGUCAGCAACGCGACUUUCAUCCCAAGUAUUGUGUGCGGUACACCUCAUGGCGGGCUGCCGCUAUGGAAGUAUGGCUCGUGGGCUCGUCCGUACGACGUGAUGGACCGCCACCCUGCAGAGUGCGAGGCCAUCAUAUCUUUUCACGGUGAGAACACCUCCUUCAACCACAACCUCAUCCUGACCGGCGCGUGUGAUGGACUGGUGCGGGUGCUGCAGAUGUACCCGGUGCGGCGCAAUCUCUGCCAGCUGAGCGCACGCGACUACACCUACUCUCACGCGAGCGUUCUCGGGAUCCAGAGCAGUAGCGGUGGGCACCAGCAACAAGGCAACUACGUGGUGCGUCGCGCGCGUGGGCAGGAGGCGAUCAGCCGAAUGCGCGUGUCACACGACGCGAACCUGCUCGCCGUCAGCGGCUCGGACAACAUUAUUGACUUUGUCGAUAUCGCUUUCAUGAACGACGAGGCAGAACUCGAUCAACUCCGCGGUCGCGCAGAGCAGCGCCAUCUGCGCACCCUGCGCGAUCUCGACCGCGAGUUGGAAGAAGAAGAGAAGCGCGAACGCCGUCUCGUGGAAGGCUCUGGAGCCGACAGUGAGAACGAGAAAAACGACUUUGACGAAGCGAGCAGCGACUCGUCCAGCAGCGGCGCUUCAUCUCAGUCAAUCGAGGAUAGCGACACCGAUGUCGAGACGGAGGUCGACGUGCAGGCGAAGCUGGCUUGGCGCGAGGCUCUGCAACAGAAGUUUGCAAAGAUCGGCAUUGCGCAAAAGAAGCGCACCCAUUCCGACAGCAGCAGCGACGAUGAUGACGACGAUGGCGCUCCAGCAGCGAAUAAGAAGACCUCAGAGAAAGCGCUGCAGAGGUCUGACGUUAGAGGGCCGAAAACAGCGAAGUCCAGGGAUCGUGUCGUCGCAUCCGUACGGUCGCCCUCUUCAGACACCGCUGCACCUCUGCCAAAAAAGGUCUCCAGACACGUGGACAGUGGUAUGGCAGGCACCGGCACGGCAUGCACUCAGAAGGCGCUCAAAAAGAAGAGGCAGGCCCUCGUCGAGACUUCCGCGUCGUCGGCAACUAUGGAAGCCCCUGACACCGCCAACGUGAACCCUACCUCCGUGGCGGCGUCUUCUGUUGAAGCGGUGGCGUCGAUGGACUCGAUGGAGGUGUACCGGACGGAGCGGCAAAAGAAGCGCGAACGCGCCGCGGCGGCCCGCUGGCUGAAGGAGGAGCGCCGGAAGAAGAUCAACUUUACAUAUGAGAAGCGCCGCAGACGCGUGGGUGGCUUUUUCGGCGACAUGGCGAGCAGAGACGACGACAGCGAUUAA